GAUCCGUCUCAGUAACGCUCAGCCGAGCCACAAGAUGCUCACCUCGGGCUGGGAGGAGCUUCGGGAUUUUCCUCACUUGUUUCUUGCCAUUCUCAAGUGAAGGGUCGUAUUUCAAUCGAGAAAUAUAAUAGAAGUAAAAUGAGUCCACCAGACACGUCCAACAGCUCCGGAGAGGGGGAGGCAGGUGAAGGCAAUUUUCAGCUGAAUGAUAGCAUGGGUUUACACCAACCUGGUUUCCACACUGACAUCACUAAACAUCUGGGAGUUCAGAUCACCCUGAUCACAGCGUACUCCCUGAUCAUCCUCCUGGGACUUCUGGGUAAUUCGCUCGUCAUUUACAUGAUCAUUCGCUACAGGAACAUGCGCACCGUCACCAACUUCUUCAUAGCCAAUCUUGCCCUGGCAGACCUUCUGGUGAACACUCUCUGCCUGCCCUUCACUCUGGUGUACACUCUGUUGGACGAGUGGAAGUUCGGGGCGGUCCUAUGCCACAUGGUGCCCUUUGCUCAGGCCCUGAGCGUGCACGUGUCCAUUCUGACCCUCACAGUCAUCGCUCUGGAGCGCUACCGCUGCAUCGUCUUCCACCUGGGCCGCCGUCUAACCUGGCACUCCAGCCUCCUCAUCAUGGCCUUUACCUGGACCGUGUCUGCCGUUCUGGCUGCACCGCUGGCCAUUUUUAGAGAGUACCGCCAAGAAGAGAUCCCCUCCAUCAAUCUGCGCAUUGCUGUCUGUUCUGAGAAGUGGCCCCAUGGGACCAGCAGGGAUGGCGUCAUCUACAGCCUCUUCAUGCUCCUUCUGCAAUACAUCAUACCUUUAGCUGUCAUCAGUUAUGCUUACAUAUGCAUCUGGGUCAAACUGAAGAACCACAUCAGUCCAUCCAGCCGGAAUGACAACAUCAACCGGCGCAAAAAGACCACAAAGAUGUUAGCGCUGGUUGUGGUGGUCUUUGCCACCUGCUGGCUGCCUUUUCACGUGUUCCAGCUAGCCAGUGAUCUGGACCUGGUGCUCCGGUUUGAGGAGUAUAAAUUCAUAUACACCGUGUUCCACGUUGUGGCCAUGUGCUCAACUUUUGCCAACCCGCUCCUGUAUGGGUGGAUGAAUAAAAACUACAGGAAUGGGUUCCUCAUGGUGUUCCGUUGCGAGGACAAACCGGAAUCCUUCCACCCAGAGGGAUCAUUUAGGACGCGCUCCGUUAGAGGACCGGCUUUAAACAGUCGUAAUGGAGUACCCCCUCCCACUGCUGUAUGAGAGGCCCAGAGCACGAACACAGCAGACAUACCUCCGUCACGAAGAGAAAAACCAUUGGGAUCCAGAGUGGAUCAGAGCUUUGCAUGCAGAAUCCUUCGUUCCUUGUUAAAUACAUUUAUUAAAUGAAACGUGUGUUUAAGAUGUAAAUGAUUUUGAACCCAGGAACAAUGUUCUCAUGUACAAGCAACAUUUUUCUUUUGGUGAGUAAUGUCCAGCUCAACUCUUAGCACAACGGAGGUUGAAUUUUUCACACUAUAGCUGCUGGCUGUUCAUUGUAUUUGGAUAAUUCUCACUUAAUUAAUCCAAGUACUUUGUUUUGGAUUGGUGACAAUGUUCCGGCAGUGCUACAUACGAUCCUCUUCCAAGAAAUCCAGUUGGGGAGCCUCUUUAAUUUUCUGUCCGAACAGGAAGCUAAUUGUCUUCACCUGGCAACCAGCUGUUCCUGAUUAGAUGGACCUUAGGGACUCUGCUUUUCAGACUGUGCAACUGUAAAACCGGUGACCUGUGCUCAAUGAGAGCAACGCACCGUUGAUAUCUUCAUUACGGAGGCUGAUCUGAGGAGAUGUAGAAGGAAUGUGUGAUUCUACAUUCAUUACUUUGCUGCUAAAGUGCUCUUUGUUGGUGGUCUUCGAGGAACAGGAGACAUUAAUCAAAUACAAGGCCCCUGGGCGCACAUUUUCAGCCUGGGCUGAACCAAGAUGUCCUAUGCCUGAUUUGUUUAUCAAGAAAAAAAAUAUGGUUUGUGCACCUAUAUCUGAUAAAGUGAGCUCUGUGUAUGUGUAGCAGUAAAUGAAAAAAAAAACCCUGAGUGUAAAGUGCAACAGAAAAUAACCUAUUUAGCAGCAUGGAACGCUACGGAUCCCCUUAAAGGACAUUUAAUAAGAAAAACAAGUGAAGUUAAUAGGAAAAAAAAUCUGGCUGGUGUGCACCAGUUUUUUUAUUUAUUUUUUUUAAUACUUUUUUUCUUCAAUGUCUCUUUAGGGGCUCCUUAGAGCUGUGACUACAUGUCUAAAUCUUUUUUAGUCCAGUGCAUGUGCAUUUGCAGUGGGAAAAAACAUGAAAUCAAGUGCUGUACUUUUCACAAUAUAUUCUAAAAACACACAGGGGAGAAUGGUAGUAAAUUAAUCCAAUAAAAUGUUUAAUGAGUGUGGCUUCUACAAUGUCUUAUAGAUGAUAUUAUAUAUAUUACUCACUUCUGAAGUUGUUCUCACCCACAUGUUCUGCUGUAAGCUACUUGUAUGUACUUUAAAAUUAUUCUGGAAGAUCUGUCAGCACACGCGCGCACAUGAGCAUAAAGUAUAUGUGCAAAAAGAAAUGCUUUUUCCAUAGUUCUCUGCUGCCAUCUAGUGUCCAAAAUGAGCGUUGCGUCUUCACCGCCAACCGGAAGUGUCGUCACUGCUUCGUGAAUGUUUGACCUUCCUCUAUUUCUGGCUGCUUUACGGUUGACAUGGCGAGAGGGAGUUUGGACAGUGCAGUGUGUCCCGACAUUUGAAAUGCUGCUUCUAACUCUUUAACCAGUGACACGGUGCAGGAUGUUGUCAGAG